AUGACGGCAGCAGUGACGUCGACACCCAUGCAAGUUUCUUCUCUACAACUGCCUCUUUCGCUGGCCGCACUGCCAUUGCCAACAACGUCAUCAACGACUUCAUCUUCUUCGCCCUCGUCGGCAUCCUCGUCUCCUUCUUCUACUUCUUCAUCUUCCCCAACGACAACUUCUGCUAUCACUUCCACGGCACCCUGUUCUACUUCUCAAGCAUCAACUACUCCUGCUUCGUCGGCAGUGCACCACCAUUCAUCCCUACAUCCUGCCCCGACACCUCUGCUCGCGUCUUCAGCCUCACACGGUCACAUCCGGCGCAGGUUCGCUCUCCAUCACACUACCAGCCGGCUGCAACAACAUCACGAACCUAGCAACUGCAACGACUCACCAAACAAUUACGACGAAGAGACGGACAACAAAUCGCCGUCGUCUCCAACAUCCCCACCAAUGUCACCAACACAACACCACCACCAACAUCUCCAUCAUCACCACCUACAACAAAUACAACAGUUACAACAGCAGCAAUUAUGUUCCAUAGUUCGGACAUCUCCGUCUUCGACGACGCCAAUCAGUAUACCAAACCCUAACACUCCGAGAUCUUCUCCACCAGCUCUUGGAGCCACAAAUCUUUCAAAUAAUACCAAUAACAGCAACACUUCAAACAACAAUUCUAGUCAACAACAACAACAACAACAACCACAACAACAACGAAGCCAAACGACUUCUUUCUCGGUGGCUGAUAUUCUUGACCCCACCAAAUUUACAGGCACGUCUUCGUGCAUCAAAACCAGAGUUUGGCAUCCUUGGGUGGACACUUCCUCUACGGACAGCACUGACUUAUCGGAAAAGGCCAGCGAUACGGCGGUUUUGCGAACAGAAAAAUAUCUAUCUAUCUAUCUAUCUAUCUAUCUAUCUAUCUAUCUAUCUAUCUAUCUAUCUAUGAUUUAUCAACGAAUCAUAUCCAAUAAAUUUUCUUAUAUAUUUACUAUCUAUCUAUCUAUCUAUCUAUCUAUCUAUCUAUCUAUCUAUCUCAAAAAUAUUUUAAAAUUUCUCACUCUCUCUGACUUUUCUCUCUCUCUCUCUCUCUCUCUCUCUCUCUCUAUCUAUCAUAAACUUACUAAAAUAGCAAACAAACACACAUCAUAUGGGGUUGGUGUAGAAAAGUUUUCGUUCCAACUCAUUUCACAAAUUCAUUUAUUAAGGAAUCCCUUGUUUCUCAGACUAUCUAUCUAUCUAUCUAUCUAUCUAUCUAUCUAUCUAUCUAUCUAUCUAUCUAUCUAUUUAUCUAUCUAUCUAUCUAUCUAUCUAUCUAUCUAUCUAUCUAUAUUUAAAUAUUAA